GGCGUCGGGAAGUCAAAGUAAAAGGGGAAUUCACGUCACGGGAAUGCUUUUGUUUUGUAAUGUCUGUGUAGUGGGCCCAAAAUUACGGCAGGAGACGUUGAGAUCCACAAGAGCUCUUUGCUUUUCUACCCUGCCCUCACGUGCCUUCUCCCAGUGUUCGGGUGCAGUUUGCUUAUCACACUUCCUACACGGCUAUUUACUGUUACAAUUUAAGAAUAAAGAUAUCGGUAUUUUUCAUGUGUUCUAUGUGGCAGUGACGACUUCAGGCAAAUGAAAAUGAGAUCUGGAGAAGUCCUUAUAGACUGCCUGGAGUCCAUUGAAGAUACCAAAGGAAACAAUGGAGAUAGAGGGCAAUGGAAGACGAAUAGAGAUUGUCCUGCAGGGAUAUCCUCUUUUUCUUCUUCCUGGCAAGAGGAAGGAAUAUUAUGGUGUUGCAAAACUAGAGGUAGACUGCUUGUGACAAAUUUGAGGAUUAUUUGGCGCUCAUUGUCUCUGCCCAGAGUUAAUCUCUCUGUUGGUUACAACUGCAUUAUAAAUAUAACUACAAGAACUGCCAACUCAAAAUUACGGGGACAGACAGAAGCUCUGUAUAUAUUGACUAAAUGUAAUAAUACACGAUUUGAGUUCAUAUUUACCAAUGUUGUUCCUGGGAGUCCCAGACUCUUCACUUCAGUUAUUGCUGUGCACAGAGCUUAUGAAACUUCGAAAAUGUAUCGUGAUCUGAAGCUGAGAAGUGCUUUGAUUCAGAACAAGCAACUGAGGUUGUUGCCACAAGAACAAAUAUAUGAUAAAAUCAAUGGAGUGUGGAAUUUAUCAAGUGACCAGGGAAAUUUGGGAACAUUCUUUAUUACUAAUGUGAGAAUAGUUUGGCAUGCAAAUAUGAAUGACAGCUUUAAUGUCAGCAUACCAUAUCUACAAAUUCGUUCAAUAAAAGUAAGAGACUCAAAGUUUGGCUUGGCUCUUGUGAUAGAGAGUUCUCAGCAGAGUGGAGGAUAUGUACUUGGCUUUAAAAUAGACCCUGUGGAGAAACUACAGGAGGCAGUGAAAGAAAUUAAUUCACUUCACAAAGUUUAUUCAGCUAACCCUAUAUUUGGAGUGGAUUAUGAAAUGGAAGAAAAGCCUCAAUCUCUUGAAGACCUAACAGUGGAGCAGGUUCAAGAUGAUGUGGAAAUAGAACCUGGUGAACAGACAGAUGCUUUUGUGGCUUACUUUGCUGAUGAAAACAAGCAACAUGAUCGGGAGCCUGUGUUUUCAGAAGAACUAGGACUUGCAGUAGAGAAGCUAAAGGAUGGAUUCACGCUCCAGGGACUCUGGGAAGUAAUGACCUAAUUUAGAUGGUUACAUCUUGUUUCCCAUCCAAUGAAAGACUCUUUACUGAUUCAGUGAGAUCUGUGUAUUAUUGAACAAGAGUGGCAGCAAAAGAUCAUGCCAAUUAAAAAAAAAAAAAAGCCCA